GGGCCGGGCGGUGCAAUAUUCCCCCCCCCUCCAUCUUUCUCACCACUACCUGUCCCCCCAACCCACCACACGCACUCAUCCCUCCCACCCACACCCCUAGUAGCGGAUCUCCGGCCUGUAAGGGGGUAGUAGGGAGGAGCUGGGGGGAGGGGGAGGCCUGCGAGUUUCUAACCUUGUUCUUAUAAACAAACCCACAUGUGCAGCUGCCGCUGCUGCAACUCACCCCACAAUCCCGGAUAUAAGUCCUGCCCCUUUAAGAGGAAAAAAAAGAUUCCCCCGCCUGCCUCCCACCCCACCCAUCCACAAGAACCUUUGUCUUCCCACCCCCAUAGUCAGUCGGCCCCGCCCCAUCUCCCCGCCCCCUCCGACGCAGAGGAACCAAUAGGCGAAGAAAAUAAGGCCGGGGGUCUGACAUCAUCAUGUUAGGCCAAUCACCGGACGCGUUGGUGGGAGGCCUCACGGACAGCGCGCCCGGAGGAAGGAAGACAAGAGAGAGGAAGCUUGAAGCCAAUAUGGAGUCCGUCAGUUGCUCCGCUGCUGCUGUCAGGACCGGAGACAUGGAGUCCCAGCGGGACCUGAGCCUGGUGCCUGAGCGGCUUCAGAGACGCGAACAAGAACGGCAGCUGGAAGUUGAAAGGCGGAAACAAAAGCGGCAGAACCAGGAGGUAGAGAAGGAGAACAGACACUUUUUCGCCGCCACCUUUGCUCGGGAGCGAGCGGCCGUGGAAGAGCUUCUGGAGCGCGCGGAGUCGGUCGAGCGACUGGAGGAGGCGGCCUCUCGGCUCCAGGGGCUGCAGAAACUAAUCAACGACUCAGUUUUUUUCCUAGCCGCUUACGACCUGCGGCAGGGACAAGAGGCGCUGGCGCGGCUGCAGGCGGCCUUGGCCGAGCGGCGCCGGGAGCUGCAGCCCAAGAAGCGUUUCGCUUUCAAGACCCGGGGAAAGGAUGCUGCUUCGUCUACCAAAGUAGACGCGGCUCCUGGCAUCCCCCCGGCAGUUGAAAGCAUACAGGACUCCCCGCUGCCCAAGAAGGCGGAAGGAGACCUCGGCUCCAGCUGGGUCUGCGGUUUCUCCAACCUGGAGUCCCAAGUCUUGGAGAAGAGAGCCAGCGAGUUGCACCAGCGCGACGUUCUUUUGACCGAACUGAGCAACUGCACGGUCAGACUGUAUGGAAAUCCCAACACCCUGCGGCUAACCAAGGCCCACAGCUGCAAGCUGCUCUGCGGUCCGGUGUCUACCUCUGUUUUCCUGGAAGACUGCAGUGACUGCGUGCUGGCAGUGGCCUGCCAACAGCUCCGCAUACACAGUACGAAAGACACCCGCAUCUUCCUGCAGGUGACCAGCAGGGCCAUCGUGGAGGACUGCAGUGGGAUCCAGUUCGCCCCUUACACCUGGAGCUACCCGGAGAUCGACAAGGACUUCGAGAGCUCUGGUUUAGAUAGGAGCAAAAAUAACUGGAACGAUGUUGACGAUUUUAACUGGCUGGCCCGGGAUAUGGCCUCCCCAAACUGGAGUAUUCUUCCUGAAGAGGAGCGAAAUAUCCAGUGGGACUAAGCAGUUGUCACUCUGUUCUUCACUCCUACCAAAUACUUUCCACGUUGGACUUUCCCCCUUAUUGGGUCUCGAAGUUUACUUAUUGUCACACUGUGUGUUUUCAGCAUUUUAAGGCUAGAGAUUGUAAUGGGCUCCUACUUGUAAUUUCCAUUAAAUUCGUAACAGGUAUAACACUAAAGCAUUUUUGCUAUUUUCGUCAUGCCUUUGAGACUGAGUCUUACUCCAUCCCCCAGCGUGGUGGCGCGCUGGGAUUACAGGCGCGCGCCACCACGCGAACUUGUAUUUUCAGUAGAGACGGGGUUUCGCCAUGUUGUCCGGGCUGCUCUCGAACUCCUGACCUCAGGUGAUCCACCCGCUUCAGCUUCCCAAAGUGCUGGCAUUACAGGCGUGAGCCACCACGCCAGGGCUUUAUUUAUUUAUUUUUACCACAAUAGUUUGAAGCAGUAAGGGGGAAGGAGGGUGAUUAUAUUGUUUUGUAAUAGUUUGUGAUACUUGAAACAUCACGGUGCAUAAUAAAGUAGGUCUGCAAUAAA